AUGGCAGACUUCGAGUACAACGCCAACCCGGGCCGGGUCAUCUUUGGCCGCGGCACCAUCAAGAAGCUCCCAGCCGAGCUGGAGCGCCAGAAGCUCUCGCGGCCACUGCUGCUCACCACCCCGGAGCAGGUCGGCCAGGGUGAGGACCUGAAGGCCGUGCUGGGCGGGAACGUCGCCGGUGUCUUCAGCAGGGCCACCAUGCACACGCCCACGGCCGUGACCGAGGAGGCGCUGGGGCACGCCCGGUCCGUCGAGGCCGACUGCGUGGUCUCCAUCGGAGGCGGGUCGACGAUCGGCCUGGGCAAGGCCAUCAGCAUCCGCACGGGGCUGCCGCACAUCUGCAUCCCGACGACGUAUGCGGGCAGCGAGAUGACGCCCAUCCUGGGCGAGACGGCCGACGGCGCCAAGACGACCCGCUCCGACCCCAAGAUCCUGCCGGGCACCGUCAUAUACGAUGUCGACCUGACCAUGACGCUGCCCGUAGGCAUGAGCGCCGUCAGCGGCGUCAACGCCAUUGCCCAUGCCGUCGAGGCCCUCUACGCCCGCAACACCAACCCCAUCGUCAACCUGCUUGCCGCCGAGGGCACCAAGGCGCUCGCCUCCUCCCUGCCCGCCAUCGUCGCCAACCCCUCCGACCCGGAGGCGAGGUCGAGAGCCCUCUACGGCGCCUGGCUGUGCGGGACGUGCCUCGGCAGCGUGGGCAUGUCGCUGCACCACAAGCUGUGCCACACGCUCGGGGGCAGCUUCGGCCUGCCACACGCCGAGACCCACACCGCCGUGCUGCCUCACGCGCUGGCGUACAAUGCGCCCCGCGUGCCAGAGGCGAUGGCGAAGCUGGCCGAGGCGUUGCCGGGCAGCAAUGGCGACGCAAUCCAGGGGCUGAAUCUCCUGCUCGAGAAGCUCAAGGUGAAGAGGGGCCUCAGGGACUUUGGGCUCAAGGAGGAGGAUGUCGACAGGGCGGCUGACAUCGCAGUUAGUAACCCGUACUGGAACCCGCGUGAAAUCGAGAGGGCGCCGGUGAGGGAGUUGAUCCGGAGGGUCUGGGCCGGCGAGCCCGCCAAGGCUGAUUUGUGA